GCACCAGUCAAGCUCGGAGGCUAGUCAGAGACAUUUUUCCCCUUUUUUUCGACUCUCUCUCAAAAUCUCAUUUGGUUUCGUUUUGUGUAAAACACAAUCGCACAGAGAAAGCGAAGAACGAACAACGAAGAAGACGAAGAUGUUGAGGGUUGCAUCUAAGAGACUUUCAUCUCUCUCAGGGAGGGCUAAUUACACCGCCUCCGCUCUUCUUUCCAGGAACCCUAUCGCACCGCCGUCUUCAUCCGAUCAUCAACGCAGAUCUGACCCCUUUUCGAUCCAAUCCGAAUUCUUUCUUCCUUUUAGAGGUUUUUCUACUGAAUCACUGAUCCACACAAAAGAGAACAGCAUUAUUCCUGAAAUUCCCGCAACUGUUACAGCUGUUAAAAAUCCUUCUUCUAAGAUUGUAUAUGAUGAAUACAACCACGAACGAUUUCCUCCUGGUGACCCAAGCAAGAGGGCAUUUGCAUACUUUGUCCUAACAGGUGGAAGGUUUGCUUAUGCCUCUCUCAUCCGCCUUCUUGUCCUCAAGUUUGUGCUCAGCAUGUCAGCAAGUAAGGAUGUUCUUGCUAUGGCUUCACUUGAAGUUGAUCUCUCCAGCAUUGAGCCGGGCACUACUGUCACUGUUAAGUGGCGUGGAAAGCCAGUAUUCAUCAGGCGCAGAACAGAUGACGAUGUGAAGCUGGCAAACAGUGUUGAUGUUGGAUCUCUUCGUGACCCUCAGCAAGAUGCUGAAAGAGUCAAGAACCCAGAAUGGCUCGUUGUUAUCGGUGUUUGCACACAUCUGGGUUGCAUUCCCUUGCCAAAUGCUGGGGACUAUGGUGGAUGGUUUUGCCCAUGCCAUGGAUCACAUUAUGAUAUUUCUGGCAGAAUUAGGAAGGGACCUGCACCAUACAAUCUGGAGGUACCAACUUAUACAUUCUUGGAGGAACACAAGUUGUUGAUCGGUUAAAGACCUUGGGCUACUCACUAGUGGAAUGAGUCCAAAAUAUUUUUGAUUUAUUGGAUAAUGUCGAAAUGCGCCAUGGACAUACUUGGCCUGGAAAUCUUGAUUUAUUUGUUAUGUUUUAGCAAGUGUUUAUGUAUCUCCGAAUUUCAAGUAUUACUGUUUGGUGAGACUUGUAUCAAUAAUUGCCUGGCUUUUUUGUUUACAAUUUACAGAUGAAUUGUUUAAAAGCUGAUGACUUCAGGCACAUUGCAUUGUACUUUAAAAUAUUAAAUGGCAUUUGGAAAUCUGCUUAGCAAA